AGCCCAGCAACUACACCUGCUCCACGUGCAAGACCCGCUACACCUCCGCCUGGCGCCUCAUCCAGCAUGUCCAGCACUCGCAUGGCGUCAAGAUCUAUGUGGAGAGUCCGGGAGGCAAUGGUAAUGGAGCCACCUUGACGGUGGCCACUCCGGCGGCUCUGAAUAGCAGUGCAUUGGCUCUGGCUGCCGCUGCAGCAGCUGCAGCUGCCGCCGCCUCGGGUCUGUCGAGUCCACAGCCAACGGCCAUGAGUCCCAGUCCCAAGAGGAGCAGCCCAGGAGCUCCAGGCAUCCUCUCCAGCUCCGUGAGCUCCGUCUGUUCCAAUUCGCUGGUGAAUACCAGCGGUGGCAGCAACAACACCAGCACCAAUAGCAUUGGAUCGCCCCAGCAUCAGCAUCAGCAACAGUUGCAGCUGCAGCAAGUGCAACAGCAGCAGCAGCAGCACAGCAGCAGCAGCAGGCCGCAGCAGCAGCGUGUGCAGCAACAGCAACGCGAGAAUCUGGCCUCGGCCAUGGCCGCUGGAAUGAGGCAUCAUCCUUUGUUGCCGCCACCGGAGGCCAUGCAUGCCAAUCCCUUCCAGCUGCUGCGCAUGCCACUGCCCGGCAAUGUAGUUCCUACGGUGGCCCCUUUCGGUCGCCCCUCGCCCGCCGAUCACUACCGGAUGGAGCAGCUGGUUAGCGAGCAGUUCCGUCAUCAUGGCUUCAAUCUGGCCGCCGCUGCGGCCGCUGCCCAGGCUCAGGCCUUCAAUGGUGCUGUCCAGCAGGUCCAGGAGCCGCGUCCCCCAUCGUCCAGCAGCAGUGGCAGCCAGCGUGGCUCUGUACCACCGGCAGCCCUGCCACCAGUAUCCCUCAGCUCCCAGCAGCAGCAGCAGCAGCAACAGCAGCAGCAGCAGCAACAACAGCAGCAGCAGCAACAGAGCGUGCAACAGCAAUCACAGAACCUGCAGCAGCAGCAGCAACAAUCCCAGCAGCAGCAGCAGCAGCCACCGCAGCAGCUCACACCCGGCCUGAUGGGCGGCAGUGUGGCUGGAGCUGGGGGAGCGGGAGCUCCUGCUGGCGCCUCCCUGAAGCUGGAACCACAGCAGAUGGAUUUUUACUCGCAGCGAUUGCGUCAGCUUGCGGGCACAACAAGCCCUGGAGCUGGCAGCACUGUUAACUCGAGCUCGCCGAGUCCACGACAGAAGCAAUCGCCGCAUUUUGCGAGCCCCUCGCCAGCCUCCGCCGGCGCCCAGCAGCAGCAGCCCCUGGUGGGUCAUCCCACCCGGCCCCAUUCUCACCCGCCCGAAAAGAUGACCACAUCGGUGGGUGGAGCUGAAAAUGGUGGCCUAGGCGGUCUCAUCCUGGCCAGCACUCCACGCUCGGCCAGCACGCCGCCCUCGAAGACAAGCAACAGCGGCCAGGAGCAGCAGCUUCUCCAGCCGGAGCAUUGCUUCGCCUGCGACUACUGCGACAAGAAAUUCCGCUUCGAGAACAAUCUCAUUAUCCACCAGCGGACGCAUACCGGCGAGAAGCCCUACAAGUGCACCGCCUGUGACUUUGAGUGCUCCCACAUUCAGAAGCUAAUGAAGCACAUGCGUGUCCAUCGCAGUCCCGCCGAUGAGCAGGACGAUGGCAGCAACGAUGGCGCCGAUUCGCUGGAAACGAAUGAGGCGGACAACGAUGAGGAUCCGAUGCCAGAUGAGUCCGAGGAGAUGGGUGACAAUGAUCCGACAGAUCCCGAUGGCGAUCUCGAUGGCGAGGAGGAGGAUGAGGAUGAGCUGGACGAGUGCGAGGAUAUGGACUACAAGGCGGAGGAUUUGAGUGUUAGCAAUCGCUUGGAUGGCAAGAGCCAGAGUCCCAAGACCACCAGCUCCGGCGCCACCUCGCUGGUGGGUGAGCUCAUGGAUAAAUUUGGAUUGUCCAAUAUUGCCCAGUACAGUGAGGCCUACAAGCAGGCUCUGCAGGAGUCCGGACGCAAGGAGGCAGCCGCCGCUGCUGCAGCUGCAGCUGCUGCUGCCGCCGCCGCUGCUGCGGAUAACAAUAAUCGCAGCGGCGGCGGAGGAGCCGUAGGAGCUACGGAUAAGCUCAAUGGUCUGCCUGUGGCUGCCCUGAGAUUGAGGGAUGAGUUUGCCAAGAACUGCAACAUGUUCCAGCAGGAUGCUGCCGCUGCGGCCGCUGCUGGCGGUGCCCCGUCGCAGGUGCCCCUCUUCAAUCCCUUCCCCAAUCCCUUCGAGCUGAGCAAGCGGAUGAAGAUGGACGGUGGCGACUGGUGGGGCAUGUCCCAGGCCCUGCAUCGCAACGAGGCGGCGCUCUUCGAGAACCUCAAGCUGAAGCCGCUGGGUCUGGGUGGAGCGGCCAAUUCGCUUAUCCAGGGACCGCUGCUCAAGAAGGACCGCCAGCGCAACGAUACCUGCGAGUUCUGCGGCAAGGUCUUCAAGAACUGCUCCAAUCUCACCGUGCACCGCCGUAGCCACACCGGCGAGAAGCCGUACAAAUGCGAGCUGUGCUCCUAUGCCUGCGCCCAGAGCUCCAAGCUGACGCGACACAUGAAGACGCACGGGCGGGGCAAGGAUGUGUAUCGCUGCCGUUUCUGUGACAUGCCCUUCAGUGUGCCCUCGACGCUGGAGAAGCACAUGCGCAAAUGUGUGGUGAAUCAGGGCAAGGCGGCGGCAGCUGCGAAUGCUGUCGCCGCAGCUCAGGCAGCCCAGGCGGCGGCCCAGCAGCUACAGGCAGCGGCAGCGGCCCAGGCGGCCAGCAGCAGCAGCAGCAGACAGCAGCAGCAGCAGCAACAUGGACAGCAGCAACAGCAGCAGCAGCAGCAAUUGUCGCCCAUGGGUGGUGGUUACCCGCCGCAGUUCAACCUUUCGCUGCCGGGCAGCGUGUCUGGUGAUAAUGACUCCAAUGCCUCCUCCAGCAUGACCGGGGUUCAUCCA